CACAGAGAGACUCCAGAGAGACUCCAGAGAGCGCAGUGCAUGGAAAGAGACGGCUGACACCGAGAGAUCCUCAACGCACCCAAAGCGCCCGGGCAGAGCCAACCUCACCACCGAUGGUGCAAACCAGAGGCAGAUCGGGGAGGGCUCAGCCGUUGGGUGGGUAGCAUGAAACGCUGGCACUCCUUUCUCAUCCUCAUGUACUCCGGACUUCUCCCGACCUUCGCCAACAUCCACUGCCCAACGCCAGCGCCCUCGGAGAACACCCAGGUGGUCCCACUCCGCUCGGACGUGAACCUCACCUGUCCCGGCUGCCGCGGUCAGACAUGGUGGAGUCGCCACAACCGGACGAGGAAGCUGCAGGACGGCUCCCACCUGUCCCUGACGUCUAUCGGCUAUGAGGAUGAGGAUACCUACACCUGUCACCAGGGCGGCGCCCCCGUCUGUACCGUGCAGCUGCUGGUGAAAGAUGACAUUGAGAAGCCGCAGAUUUCGUGUUACAUCCGCCACCCCACCCACAACAUCACCUGCGACUGGCAGACCACGAGGGAGCUCCGCCCACACGCCAAGGUCACGCUCAUCGCUUGGAUGCUGAAAGGGAACCACAAAAAGAACCGCUGCUCUUACAUCCCAUUGGCCGGUAAAUUCACCUGCUCCACGCUGUACAAAGAAGGAGACAUUGGGCGGCACGUCUUGUCCCUCUGCGUCAUCGGUCGGACCGACAGCCAGACCAGCAACACAGUGGACAGCACCUCGGAGAUGCUAGUGCAGCCCGACCCCCCAAUCAACGUGACGGUCACCUCGUUGGAGCAUCAACCCCGCAAGCUCCGGGUCUCCUGGUCGCCCCCCAGGACAUGGCCGAACAACUUCUAUCAGCUGCAGUACCAAGUGCAGUACCGUGUGGAGGGCACCCUGCAUGUCUCCAAUGGGACGACCAUCGACAAGCACUUCAUGAUCAAUGACGCGCUGGAGAGGAAACGGCACGUGGUGCGCGUGAGGGCGAAAGAGGAGUUUGGGCUGACCUGGAGCGCGUGGAGUGAAGAGGCGGUUGGCACCCCCUGGUCAGCAAAAGAGGAAAGCGAGCCGCCCACAACGACGGACUUUGAGGGCUUCAUUAUGACAUCAUCGGAAGAAGAGGAACCAGAAGCAAUAACAGUGGAGAAGCCCCCUGCCCCCGUCCCCCGCUAUGUGUUGCUUGUGGCGGGGGUCAGUUUUGUCAUCGUCCUUGUCCUAUUCCUGGGUAUACUAAUGAGAAAUGGAGAGAUGAAUCUGCUGAAGCUGAAAGGCGGCCUGCUGAGGGUCCUUUUCCAGCCGGCGCGGAGAAUCCCCGCAGUGCCGCAGCCCCGUCCCGGCGAGCCCCUCCUGACGGCGCUGCGCCCCUUUCCCGAAUCGGUGACCGUCACCGUGCCCAAGCCGUUGUGACGCAGAAGACUAGACUGUGGCCCGGAGGUACGAAGUUCGGACUUAACCCUCGGGCAGGGGCCAACCUAGGGGCCCCCCGUGCUGGCCAAUCGGAAGACGGCGGAGUUUGAAACAACGACGGCGUCAUCGACGGACGGACACAAACUUUUAUUUCACAAAGAUAAAAUUUUAUGAGGAUUUUCUGGUCCCCAAAAAAAAAGUUUUAUUUUAUUGGACAGCGAGAUCUUUUAGGUCUAUAGGACUUUAUACAUGUUGGUGCUGUUAUGGUGCGCCGGUAUCUACGACCGCGGCACUGAGUUCCCACCCACAUUGUUACAGGAAGUGAAGAGAGCGGCUAAAAAAUGAUUCCCCCCAUAACAGUUGCAAUGCAGAGAGCUCUAUUACUACACGCUGAUAUAUAGUAACCUGCAUAUGGAUCCGAUGGUGGCCAAUCCAAUCAUGAUGGGAGUCCUGGAAGAUCUGUCCUACGAAAAAAGUCCUACAUCCCCAUCUGCUUGUAUUGCCUUAGUCAGGGGGAGCACCUGGGCAAAGAAGGAGGGGCACUAGGGUAAGAGGGGGAGCACUAUGGUAAAGAAGGAGGAGCACUAGGACAAGAGGAGGAGCACUAGGACAAGAGGCGGAGCACCAUGGUAAAGGAGGAGGAGCACUAGGACAAGAGGAGGAGCACUAGGACAAGAGGCGGAGCACCAUGGUAAAGAAGGAGGAGCACUAGGACAAGAGGCGGAGCUCCAUGGUAAAGGAAGGGGACUAGGACAAGAAGGGGAGCACUAUGGUAAAGAAGGAGGAGCACUAGGACAAGAGGAGGAGCACUAGGACAAGAGGCGGAGCUCCAUGGUAAAGGAAGGGGACUAGGACAAGAAGGGGAGCACUAUGGUAAAGAAGGAGGAGCACUAGGACAAGAGGAGGAGCACUAGGACAAGAGGCGGAGCUCCAUGGUAAAGGAAGGGGACUAGGACAAGAAGGGGAGCACUAUGGUAAAGAAGGAGGAGCACUAGGACAAGAGGAGGAGCACUAGGACAAGAGGCGGAGCACCAUGG